CAGUUGUUUCACUGAAUACGGCUUCAAUAAGCUCACUACUCACAUUCCCAAAUACAUAGAAAGAUACAGUGCGACCACGACGUUUUGACCGGGUGUACAUUUUUAUGUUAAGAUUAUGGGGUGCUGGAGAUUCUCGGCAGUGAAUCUUGUUCUUCUGUCUUUCUGUAAGUAUUGUUUUAUUUGCUACUCACUCCGUAUUCACUUUUAAGUGUUCAGUGUCCAUUGUUUCUUCAAUUUCGUGAUGUUGUGAAGGGGGAGGAGGAGCAAAUGUUUAUUCAAAGGAGGUUCUGGUCAUGUAAAACAGACUCUCAAAACUACUCUAUUUAUGAAAUACGACAAGAAUACGUUUCUUCAGUGGAAAAGUGGCGAAGGUGUUAUUUUCUCAAUAUCAUAUAUGUGAUGGAAUAGCAGACCUAAUGAAAAUAAACUGUCACGUCAUAUAUUAUUUCUUCCUUUCCCUCUAUUUGUUUAAAUCUAUUUUUUGUAUUUACUUUAGCUGUGUGAUUUAUUAAACCAGUAGUUUUACCACAUGUAACAUAUCAUUUGUAUGUGCUUAACCAGGUACUGUCCUGGCAGUCACCUAAACUAAAUCAAUAGGAAGAGUCCUCGGAACCUCUGGAGGCACAUAAUCAAAUUGAAAUGACUGCAUUGUAAACCAUGAUCCAAGUCACCCAAUCUGGUGAAAAAUAUUUCUGACACUUGACAGUCCUUUAGCUAUGCCUGUUUUAUUUAUUAUCAGCAGACUUUGAAUGUUUAAUGGUAUUUCACUUGAAAUCAUGUAUUGUUUACUUGGAUGUUCAAUGUGUUGCCACUAUUAACAGAAUCUGAAGUAAACUAAACUAACUCUAACAUUUGUCUCAAACAAUUUCCCACAAUCAUUUCAGAUUUUAUUUUAAUAUGAAGUCAAUAAGCUACACCAACAACUCACAAACAUUAUUUAUUAUUUAUUUAAUUAUAUAAAAAUAAACAAUCAUGGCUUGAACAUUACAUCAAUGUAAAUGUGAAUCAAAAUCCAAAACAAGUUUAUUAGACCCGGUCUCAGUAGCUGUGAUAGUGAAAAGAUACAAUAGAACUGUGAUGUGAUGCGACCACAUCAAUUUUUUAAACUGCUGCCAUCUGUAAAGAAAAUGUCCAAACAGGAAAUUGAUUCUGAGUCUCAAUUAUCCCUGCUGCAUGCAAACAGAGCUACUUCUCCUCAGGGAAUACAAGAUUGGAAACACUGAUAUAGAUUGAGGAGGAGAUUGUAGCUCAUGUACAGUCUGUAGGCAUUGUUACUGUAGAAGUAGCAGGGAAACUCCUCACUUGACCCAUUUUCAGUGUGUCCUUUUGAUGACUUAAAAAAUUGCACACUUACUGCUUACAAGUGACUAGAGGCUGAGGAGGCUGAGGAGGAGUUCGGAGGUCAUGUAGCCUACUGUAAGUACUUUAGAGGAAAUGGUGAACUUCUCGCAUGUUAUGAAGAAGAUUACUCCUGGGCUAUAGCACCAACUUAAAACUCAUUGAUAUUCACGCUACAGAACUUAGUAAGAGUUGAGUAUAUCUUCUUGUGAAAUAUGUAUCUUCUCACAUGACCUACAGUACCAGUCAAAAGUUUGGACACACCUACUUAUUCAAGGGUUUUUCUUUAUUUUUACUAUUUUCUACAUUGUAGAAUAAUAGCGAAGACAUCAAAACUAUGAAAUAACACACAUGGAAUCAUGUAGUAACCAAACAAAGUGUUAAAUAAAUCAAAAUAUAUUUUAUAUUUGAGAUUCUUCAAAUAGCCACCCUUUGCCUUGAUGUCAGCUUUGCACACUCUUGGCAUUCUCUCAACCAGCUUCACCUGGAAUGCUUUUCCAACAGUCUUGAAGGAGUUCCCACAUAUGCUUAGCACUUGUUGGCUGCUUUUCCUUCACUCUGCUGUCCGACUCAUCCCAAACCAUCUCAAUUUGGUUGAGGUCGGGGGAUUGUGGAGGCCAGGUCAUCUGAUGCAGCACUCCAUCACUCUCCUUCUUGGUAAAAUAGCCCUUACACAGCCUGGAGGUGUGUUGGGUCAUUGUCCUGUUGAAAAUCAAAUGAUAGUCUCACUAAGCCCAAACCAGAUGGGAUGGCGUAUUGCUGCAGAAUGCUGUUGUAGCCAUGCUGGUUAAGUGUGCCUUGAAUUCUAAAUAAAUCACAGACAGUGUCACCAGCAAAGCACCCCCACACCAUAACACCUUCUCCUCCAUGCUUUACGGUGGGAACUACACAUGCGGAGAUCAUCCGUUCACCCACACUGCGUCUCACAAAGACACAGCGGUUGGAACCAAAAAUCUCAAAUUUGGACUCCAGACCAAAGGACACAUUUCCACCAGUCUAAUGUACAUUGCUCGUGUUUCUUGGCCCAAGCAGGUCUCUUCUUCUUAUUGGUGUCCUUUAGUAGUGGUUUCUUUGCAGCAAUUCGACCAUGAAGGCCUGAUUCACACAGUUCCCUCUGAACAGUUGAUGUUGAGAUGUGUCUGUGACUUGAACUCUGUGAAGCAUUUAUUUGGGCUGCAAAUUCUGAGGCUGGUAACUCUAAUGAACUUAUCCUCUGCAGCAGAGGUAACUCUGGGUCUUCCAUUCCUGUGGCGGUCCUCAUGAGAGCCAGUUUCAUCAUAGCGCUUGAUUGUUUUUGCGACUGCAAAAGUUCUUGAAUGUUCCGUAUUGACUGACCUUUGUGUCUUAAAGUAAUGAUGGACUGUCGUUUCUCUUUGCUUAUUUGAGCUGUUCUUGCCAUAAUAUGGACUUGGUCUUUUACCAAAUAGGGGUAUCUUCAAUAAUAUAAUAAUACUUUUAGCAAAAAUGUUUAUUUUUAAUUCACAAUCUGUAGAAGCAAUGAGAAUAGAAAGGUUCAGAACCUUUGUAAAACAUCACAGUACGGUUGAAAUAUAUAUGGCAAAUAGAAAUCCUAUAUGGAUGGUGUUAAGAGAUAGAUGGGAGGUAUUGAAUAGAGUUGAAGGAUGGGACUAAUAACAAAUAACAACAAAUAAUAACAAAGAUAGCUAAUAAUGUAAGCAUACUGUGUCCAUAAUAAGUAUAUAGGUUGUAUAUUGGGAGCUUUUGGGAAAGAGCACAGUUAGAAAGAUAUGGCAUAUAGAAGCAAACCGGAUGGACAUCAUGAGAAUGAUCGGAGAGGUUGAGAGUAGAAGAAGUUCAGGAGCAAUAAAAAAUAAAAUAAAUAAAAAUAUAUAUAAUAGAAUUAUUGUAAAAUUAACUCUGUCCAUAAGGUGUAGAUAGUAAGUAUAGACCGGAAGUAGAGGCCUGGGCUUUGUUGUUCACUAAUUUACUCCAAGUAGGGAAAGGAUGGUGGGGUUGAAAAGUAACAAAGGGGAGUAUAUAUAUAAAAAAUAAAAAAAACAUGGGGGAUUGGAAGUGAUGCAGACAAUUACAUUGAUAGAAGAUACAAUCUAUCUGCAAUAUUAAGCUGAUCCAUUCCCCCCCAAUUUUUUUUAAAUAAAAAAUUAAUAAAAAAUUAAAAAAUAGGGGUAUCUUCUGUAUACUCCCCCUACCUUGUCACAACACAACUGAUUGGCUCAAACGCAUUAAGAAGGAAAUAAAUUCCACAAAUUAACUUUUAAGAAGGCACACCUGUUAAUUGAAAUACAUUCCAGGUGACUACCUCAUUUUUUUUAUUUUAUUUUUUAUUUAACUAGGCAAGUCAGUUAAGAACAAAUUCUUAUUUACAAUGACGGCCUACACCGGCCAAACCCGGACGACGCUGGGCCAAUUGUGCGCCGCCCUAUGGGACUCCCAAUCACGGCCGGUUGUGAUACAGCCUGGAAUCGAACCAGGGGGUCUUUAGUGAUGCCUCAAGCACUGAGAUGCAGUGCCUUAGACUGCUGCACCACUCAUGAAGCUGGUUGAGAGAAUUCCAAGUGUGUGCAAAGCUGUCAUCAAGGCAAAGGGUGGCUAUUUGAAGAAUCUGAAAUAUAAAAUAUAUUUUGAUUUGUUUAACACUUAUUUUGGUUACUACAUGAUUCCAUAUGUGUUAUUUCAUAGUUUUGAUGUCUUCAAUAUUAUUCUACAAUGUAACAAUUAGUCAAAACAAAGAAAAACCCUUGAAUGAGUAGGUGUGUCCAAACAUCUGACUGGUAGUGUAUUUUCAGGGUUUGCCUUCUUGGGCACAUAAGUUGCAGACUUACAACUUACAAGUGAUAUUCAGUGAUAUGAAGGGAGCGAAGUGACACAGAGCACAAUGAGUGCCAUGACAUGAUGAGCUUUGUGUUGUGUUCUCUGGCCUGACCUUCCAUCAUCCCACAUCAGCCCACAAUGACAAGACUGUGAUGACCUAAGCAGGCAAAAAUAAGAUGCAGAAAUCCCCCUUCUUCUCCUCCUACCCCCUCCUCCUUCUCUAUGUGCCCAGCUUGCGAUGUCCACUGGGGACACACACUGACCCCUGUGUGGUCUGUUAGCCUCUGUAUGUGUCCCAAAUGGCACCCUAUUCCUUAUAUAGUGCACAACUUUUAACCAGAGCCCCAUGCGCCCUGGUCAAAAGCAGUGCACUACAUAGUGAAUAGGGUGUCAUUUAGGACGAAACCUUUUUCUACUUUGGUUGGCAAGGGUGGCAUUGCACUCAUGGAGGAGCAAAGAACGAUUCAACCGAUUCACAACAGAUACAGUGGCUUUUCAUUGUUGAGUAUGAGAUAAUAGCCUGUAGCUAUAACAACAGUGAAUACUAUGCCCCCAAUUUGACCUCUGGUCACUCCUCUUAGUUUAGUGGCUUAUUCUCAUCCUUUGGCUAACCUUUAGGCUACAAUAAGAUGAUUCACUUGGACUUGUAGGUCAAAGAAAUGUACAGUGCAUUCGGAAAGUAUUCAGACCCCUUGACUUUUUCCACAUUUUGUUACGUUACGUCACCUAUCCUUAUUCUAAAAUUGAUUAAUUGUUUUUUUCCUCAUCAAUCUACGCACAAUACCCCAUAAUGUCAAAGCAAAACUGGUUUUUAGAGUAUUUUUUUGCAAAAAUACAAAAUAAAAAUAUCACAUUUACAUAAGUAUUCAGACCCUUUACUCAGUACUUUGUUGAAGCACCUAGUGGCAGUGAUUACAGCCUCAAGUGUUCUUGGGUAUGACACUACAAGCUUGGCACACCUGUAUUUGGGGAGUUUCUCCUAUUCUUCUCUGCAAAUCCUCUCAAGCUCUGUCAGGUUGGAUGUUCGAUGAUGUUCGAUCGGGUUCAAGUCUGGGCUCUGGCUGGGCCACUCAAGGACAUUCAGAGACUUGUCCCGAAGCCACUCCUGCGUUGUCUUGGCUGUGUGCUUAGGGUUGUUGUCCUGUUGGAAGGUGAACCUUCGCCCCAGUCUGAGGUCCUGAGCGGUCUGGUGCACGUUUUCAUCAAGGAUCUCUCUGUACUUUGCUCCGUUCACUUUUCCCUCAAUCCUUGCUAGUCUCCCAGUUCCUGCCACUGAAAGACAUCCCCACAGCAUGAUGCUGCCACCACAAUGCUUCACCGUAGGGAUGGUGCCAGAUUUCCUCCAGCUGUGACGCUUGGCAUUCAGGCCAAAGAGUUCAAUCUUGGUUUCAUCAGACCAGAGAAUCUUGUUUCUCAUGGUCUGAGAGUCCUUUAGGUGCCUUUUGGCAAACUCCAAGCGGGCUGUCAUGUGCCUUUUACUGAGGAGUGGCUUCCGUCUGGCCACUCUACCAUAAAGGCCUGAUUGGUGGAGUGCUGCAGAGAUGGUUGUCCUUCUGGAAGGUUCUCCCAUUUCCACAGAGGAACUUUGGAGCUCUGUCAGAGUGACCAUCGGGUUCUUGGUCACCUCCCUGACCAAUGCCCUUCUCCCCCGAUUGCUCAGUUUGGCCAGAUAGCCAGCUCUAGGAAGAGUCUUGGUUGUUCCAAACUUCUUCCAUUUAAGAAUGAUGGAGGCCACUGAGUUCUUGGGGACCUUCAAUGCUGCAUAAAUGUUUUGGUACCCUUCCCCAUAUCUGUGUCUCAACACAAUCCUGUCUCGGAGCUCUAUGGACAAUUCCUUCGACCUCAUGGCUUGGUUUUUGCUCUGACAUACACUGUCAACUGUGGGACCUCAUAUUGACAGGUGUGUGCCUUUGCAAAUCAUGUCCAAUCAAUUUAAUUUACCACAGGUGGACUACAAUCAAGUUGUAGAAACAUCUCAAGUAUGAUCAUUGGAAACAAGAUGCACCUGAGCUCAAUUUCGAGUCUCAUAGCAAAGGGUCUGAAUACUUAUGUAAAUAAGGUAUUUCUGUUUUUUAUUUUAAUACAUUUGGAAAAAAAAUAAUCUAAAAACGUGUUUUUGCUUUGUCAUUAUGGGGUAGUGUGUGUAGAUUGAUGAGGAAUUAUUUUUAUUUUUUCAAUUUUAGAAUAAGGCUGUAACGUAACAAAAUGUGGCAAAGGUCAAGGGGUCUGAAUACUUUCCGAAUGCACUGUAUCUAAUGCAAUUUUCAUAUCUCAUGUUUUUUUUUUUAUGUUAUGAAUAUUGACAAAUUGAUUGUGUUAUGCUUAAGGUCCAGCUUUAAGACUGUACUAAAUUACAUAAUUUGAUGUUAGAACUAGUAUCUGGUUGUGUAAAGUUCAUUUACAUUUGUUUAAAACAUGUUUUAGUCAUUUAGUAGAUGCUCUUAUCCAGAGCGACUUACAGGAGCAAUUAGGGUUAAGUGCCUUGCUCAAAGGCACGUCAACAGAUUUUUCACCUAGUCGGCUUGGGGAUUCAAACCAACGAACUUUCGGUUACUGGCCUAACGCUCUUAACUACUAGGUGGCCUGCCGCCCCUAUUUAUUGUUGAAGACUAGGCGGGAUCGCUCAAAGGGAUAUAUGUGCAGUACGCCUGGGUAAUUUAAUUGUGCUCUUAUCUAUUCAAUCAGGAAAUGCUAUCCUUUUGAGUCCUGUGGAGAGGGAUUUCAGCAUUCUGCAUUAAUAAUGGGGAGAUUGGUUGGUGUUGAACGGGCCAACUAGUGGCCUGGUUUGGUUACUACGCUCGGUGUGGGGAUCAGUGAGUCUGUCACUUCUACUGUAAAACCAUACAGUAGAGUAGACUGCUUGAACUAAGAUUUUUUUCAAGUAAAGUUAACUUUGCACAAACAUGGACUUUACAACGACAUCAGAACGGUUCUCUGUCCAAAAGUACAAAAGGAAUGAGAGUGCAGAUGAGAAAAAUAACACAUUUGGGAGAUUUCUUGUCUUAUUUACCCAUAUUAGGCAAACUAACUUCAACAAUAACAACAUCAACAUCAACACAUAAUGGAGAGGAUGUUGUAUGUUCUGGUGUUGUCUUUAACAAGUCUUCUAAAAGCGAGAUCCAGACAGAAUUCAAUAAACAUUUGAACCUACUAAGCUUAGACUACAUUACAUUUGUACAGCACUGAUUAGAUUUAAAGACCUAGCUACUUCCUUAGAUGUUUCCUCAAAACCCACAUUAAUUGAGAGGGUAAAUAUACAUGUACAUAUACAUACAUGUAUUACAGUAUGUACUUGAUCUUUUUAGAAACAGUAACCUUUCAGCUCUUCCACUGUGUUGGUGUUUUUUUGUAUGUGUGAGUAUAGUCAGUGUAGUUAUAAAAAUAUAAUCACAGAUCCUACCAAUUACGACCCAUUUCAGACCAACUUGUAUCGGGAUGCCGUUGUAGUGAUUCUAUUUCUAUGGGUAAACUGAUGGGGAACCAGGGAGAGUUAGUUGAGACUUGAGGCUGAAACUGAAAAGCAAAUAAAUGCAGCCAACAUCCCCGGGCCUCCCGGCUGUAAGCAUGCAACAGAGCGGUUGGAUUUCCCAUAAGACACAAAGGGGCCAAGCUUCAAAAUUGGCUCAGGCCGAAACUUCUGGCUUCAAUUUAUUUCUGGAGCAGUCACUGCUGAUUUUAAUUAGUUGAACGUUUGUGGCAGGGGCUUUUUUUUGUUGCUUACCCUUUUUAGUUGUAUUCUUUCUCUAUUUCUCCCUCCCCUCAUUGGUCUUUGUGUGUGUGUGUGUGUGUGUGUGUGUGUGUGUGUGUGUGUGUGUGUGUGUGUGUGUGUGUGUGUGUAUUUUGAUGGUUGGCAUUGGCCAACAUCUGGAAGCCUUUGUGAAAUAUGUGUACAGCUUCUUUUAAUGUUUGCGUAGUUUUGUUAGAUCACCAUCCCUCUCAGAGUGAUAAAAAUCCCUCAUCUGGCUUGAAUCAGCCAUUAAUAUUGUUGUGAUGUGGAAACACAAGCAGGGAGGGAACGGCAGAUAACAUGUGUGGGAAGAAACACUCACAAUGCCUUCUAGAGCCUGUGUCAAACCACGGCACCACAGGCAUCUCUCUCUCUCCCCCCCACACCCUUCAAACCAGGCCUGGGCCAAAUACAUAUUCACUGUGUUUCAUUUACAAUCAAAAACUUAUUUGAAAAAGGUUUGGAAUCUAUUAUAUACUUUAUACAUAAGUGAAAUUGUAUAAUAAAAUGUAAGUAUGUUGAAUAACAUCCAGUGACUACUAAAGCUUCCAUGUAUGUAAGUAUACAAUUGUCUCUACCAAGAGGUCUGGACCGUUAUGGCAGAGGAAUGGGAAUGCCCUACUCUGGCUGUUCAUGGUAGACCCACUGCUGGUGGGGAAUAAAUAAUGUAUUUCAAUGUCAUGCAUUUUGGUUUGGAAGCACCCUCAAAGGCCUAUAGUAUGAGGCACAGAGUAAAAUUGGGACAAUGUCUGCAGACCUUCACACAUUAUGGAUAUCCUAUCCCAGUCCUUUCCUUAUCUAGAUGAACCAGGGGUGCGUCCCAAAUGGAAUCCUAUUCCCUUCAUAGUGCACUACUUUUGUCCAGUUUUGAUCAGGACCCAUAGGGCUGUGGUCAAAAGUAGUGCACUAUACAGAGAAUAGGGUGCCAUUUGGGAUACAGCCCAGGGCUGUGCCUGCAACUUAUCUGAUGUGGCUUUUCACAAUCCAAAGGGUGUGCUCUAAACAGCAGAACAUUUGGCAGUUUGGUGUGAUAACGAUAUCGUUUUGGAGAUAUAUCAAAACUUGAUUUGAAAGUUAACAUUGUGUUCUCUCGAAGAAUGAUUUGAUAACCUGUUUAACCUAUUGUCACAGAGCCAUGUAAAGUAGUAUAGCCUGGUCCUAUGGUUCUGUUUUGUGCCAGCCAUUCUAUACAAAGCCUGAACUGCUUUCCUCUGGUUAUUGUGCGUGUGUGUGUGUGUGCGUGCGCGUGCCAGCACGUGUGAACGCGCUUACAUGUGUGCAUGUGUGUGUAUUCCACAGGCCUUCCCAUCCUCUCCUUCAAACACAUCAAGACCAGCCUGUGUAAGUGGUGUGACUACUCCAGCCCUAUCUGUGAGGACAGUGUGUGUUACACCAACUGUUCCCUCUCCUCCUUCUGUAAUCUGAGUGAAGAGAUCUGCGUUGCAAUAUGGUAAGUGUGAAGGUUUCCCAAGUUCAAGUUUAUUUGCCAUAGGCUAUAUAAUGAAUGAGCCUCUCACAUUUAAAACAGCAAGAACGUUCAGGACAAAUACAUACAAAUAUGCAUACAACAACUAGUAAUGUUGAUCUGGUAUAGCUUAUAGCUUCCUAUUCAAGGUACAGUAUAUUUAUGCAAUAAGGCCGAAGGAGUAUAUUUAUGCAAUAAGGCCCGAGGAGUUGUGGUAUAUGGCCAAUAUUCCACGGCUAAGAGCUGUUCUUAUGCAUAAUGCAACACGGAGUGCCUACAUACAGCCCUUAGCAGUGGUAUAUUGGUCAAAUACCACAAACCCCGAGGUGCCUUAUUGCUAUUAUAAACUGGUUACCAACGUAAUUGGAGCAGUAAAAAUAAAUGUUUUGUCAUUACCGUGGUAUACCACGGCUGUCAGCCAAUCAGCAUUCAGGGCUCGACCCACCCAGUAUAUAAUGUCUGAUAUUCCACAGCUUUCAGGCAAUCAGCAUCCAGGACCCAAACUACCCAGUUUAUAAUUCCCAAUAUACCCCCUCACUGGACUCUUAUGCUGCUCUACUACAAUAAGUAUCCUCAUCAUGCCAAUGAUGUGUAUCAUCAGCAUCAUACAUAAUUAAAAAAUGCAAGAAAUACUUGAAAAGAGUAAACUAUUUAUUGAAUGAGAGACAAAAAAAGAAAACACCCUGUAAACAGGAUAUACAGUAGUUCAUUUGUGUAUCCUAGACUUUAAAUGAAUUGGCCAGUAUGUUUUUUUAUUGAACGAUUCUGAUCAGAAAUUAUGAGGGAUGGUGAGGAGUGGGGCAUUUUUAUGCUAUUGUCAUGAUCAUUGAGAGACGGGUCAGACCAAGGUGCAGCGUGGUAUGCGAACAAAAAACAACAAAAGGCAACGAAACGUGAUGUCGGAAGGCUAUACACAAACACACCAAAACACAAACAAGAUCCCACAACCCAGGCAGGAAAACUGGCUGCCUAAGUAUGAUCCCCAAUCAGAGACAACGAGCGACAGCUGCCUCUGAUUGGGAAUCAUACCCGGCCAAACAUAGAAAUAUAACAACUAGAAUCUAAACAUAGAUAUACAACAACAUAGAACUAAACAUGCACACCCUGACCAAACUAACUAGAGUUCUAGAGGUCAGGGCGUGACAGCUAUGUUUGCAAUGAGGAGGACAAAGUCAAUUGUGGCUCUAUUUGAUUGUUGCUCUCAGUCUGGUAUGCUGGGCCCUGGUGGUCAAACCUCUACAGUAAUAAAGAUAUAGUUCCCUAUGGGCCCUUGUCAAAAGUGGUUCAUGUUAUAGGAAAUAGUGUGCCACUGUAUCAUUUGGUACGCAUUCUUGGUCUUAGUUCUUCCCCUCCUAGCCCAGGGUGGUUGUUUCUGUGAAGUUUAUUGGCUGUUCCAAUGGCACCCUAUGGGCCCUGGUCAACAGUAGUGCACUACAUAGGGAAAUGGUGCCAUUUGGGAUGCAUACGGAUUGAAAGAGACUGGUGUUAUUGAGACUGGUGUGUUGGCAGGCAGGAUACGAAAGCAGAUUGGAUUGACCAUUUGUAAAAUAAAAACGUACAAUCCACUCUAGCAAAUCAUGCAUAACAAUUCCACACAAAACCACAAAAGUAAAAAGGCAACUUCCCAGACACAUUAUUCCUAUUAUACACUGCUCAAAAAAAUAAAGGGAACACUAAAAUAACGCAUCCUAGAUCUGAAUGAAUGAAAUCAUCUUAUUAAAUACUUUUUUCUUUACAUAGUUGAAUGUGCUGACAACAAAAUCACACAAAAAUUAUCAAUGGAAAUCAAAUGUAUCAACCCAUGGAGGUCUGGAUUUGGAGUCACCCUCAAAAUUAAAGUGGAAAACCACACUACAGGCUGAUCCAACUUUGAUGUAAUGUCCUUAAAACAAGUCAAAAUGAGGCUCAGUAGUGUGUGUGGCUUCCACGUGCCUGUAUGACCUCCCUACAACGCCUGGGCAUGCUCCUGAUGAGGUGGCGGAUGGUCUCCUGAGGGAUCUCCUCCCAGACCUGGACUAAAGCAUCCGCCAACUCCUGGACAGUCUGUGGUGCAACGUGGCGUUGGUGGAUGGAGCGAGACAUGAUGUCCCAGAUGUGCUCAAUUGGAUUCAGGUCUGGGGAACGGGCGGGCCAGUCGAUAGCAUCAAUGCCUUCCUCUUGCAGGAACUGCUGACACACUCCAGCCACAUGAGGUCUAGCAUUGUCUUGCAUUAGGAGGAACCCAGGGCCAACCGCACCAGCAUAUGGUCUCAUAAGGGGUCUGAGGAUCUCAUCUCGGUACCUAAUGGCAGUCAGGCUACCUCUGGCGAGCACAUGGAGGGCUGUGCGGCCCCCCAAAGAAAUGCCACCCCACACCAUGACUGACUCACCACCAAACCGGUCAUGCUGGAGGAUGUUGCAGGCAGCAGAACGUUCUCCACGGCGUCUCCAGACUCUGUCACAUCUGUCACAUGUGCUCAGUGUGAACCUGCUUUCAUCUGUGAAGAGCACAGGGCGCCAGUGGCGAAUUUGCCAAUCUUGGUGUUCUCUGGCAAAUGCCAAACGUCCUGCACGGUGUUGGGCUGUAAGCACAACCCCCACCUGUGGACGUUGGGCCCUCAUACCACCCUCAUGGAGUCUGUUUCUGACCGUUUGAGCAGACACAUGCACAUUUGUGGCCUGCUGGAGGUCAUUUUGCAGGGCUCUGGCAGUGCUCCUCCUGCUCCUCCUUGCACAAAGGCGAAGAUAGCAGGCCUGCUGCUGGGUUGUUGCCCUCCUAUGGCCUCCUCCACGUCUCCUGAUGUACUGGCCUGUCUCCUGGUAGCGCCUCCAUGCUCUGGAUACUACGCUAACAGACACAGCAAACCUUCUUGCCACAGCUCGCAUUGAUGUGCCAUCCUGGAUGAGCUGCACUACCUGAGCCACUUGUGUGGGUUGUAGACUCCAUCUCAUGCUACCACUAGAGUGAAAGCACCGCCAGCAUUCAAAAGUGACCAAAACAUCAGCCAGGAAGCAUAGGAACUGAGAAGUGGUCUGUGGUCACCACCUGCAAAACCAGUCCUUUAUUGGGGGGUGUCUUGCUAAUUGCCUAUAAUUUCCACCUGUUGUCUAUUCCUUUUGCACAACAGCAUGUGACAUUUAUUGUCAAUCAGUGUUGCUUCCUAAGUGGACAGUUUGAUUUCACAGAAGUGUAAUUGACUUGGAGUUACAUUGUGUUGUUUAAGUGUUCCCUUUAUUUUUUUGAUCAGUGUAUAUAGUUCAGCCAUUUCAGUUUACUAGUUUGAUAAAUAACUUCUAAAUAAUUUGUGUGUGUGUGUGUGUGUGUGCGCCUGCAUGUGUGUUUGCCUGCGCGUAUGUGUGCGCCUGUACACGUGUGUGUACGUCUGCCUGCUCACCUGCCUGCCUCCCUCUCUGCCUGCCUGAUUUUGUGGGUUUCCAUGUGUCCCAGGCGGAAGGACAACCAGAGUAUGAGUGUGAAGACGUUAUGCCACCAGCCCCAGCAGCCCCUGGAGAACAUCAUGUUGUCCAACUACUCCUCCAGCGAGUGUGUGAUGGCUCCUCAGCCCUCUGAGGACGGGGUCCUGUUCAUCUGUGGCUGCCUGGGAGAACAUGAGUGCAACGAUAAGCUCAUAUUUGACAAGGGCUCCAAUGGUAACAGCACUAUUUUUUACUCUGGAACCAGGCGCAGUGUACAUGAUGCAACCAGACAAAUUUUAAACUGAAAAGUAUUUCAUUAUGAUUAUGUAAGUAUUUGAUGAUUAAUUAGGAUUAUUAGAAGUUAGUCUAUCAAUAAAAAAUGCAACGUGAGGAAAAAGGAGAAACAUGUAUAGUGCCUUCAGAAAGUAUUCAUACCCCUUGACUUAUUCCACAUUUUGUUACAGCCUGAAUUCGAAAUGGAUUCAAUAUAAAAAAAAAUCACCCAUCUACACACAAUACCCCAUAAUGACAAAGUGAAAACAUGUUUUUAGAAAUGUUUGCAAAUUUAUUGAAAAUGAAAUACAGAAAUAUCUUAUUUACAUAAGUAUUCACACCCCUGAGUCAAUACUAUGUAGAAGCACCUUUGGUGCAAAUGUAACUCUUUUCCACAGAUUUUCAAUGGGAUUCAAGUCUGGGCUUUGACCGGGCCACUCAAGGACUUUCACAUUCUUGUUCUGAAGCCAUUCUAGCAUUGCUUUGGCUGUAUGCUUGGGGUCAUUGUCCUGUUGGAACGUAAAUCUUCGCCCCAGUCUAAGGCAGUUUGCACUCUGAAGCAGGUUCUCCUCAAGGAGUUGCCUGUAUUUGGCUCCAUUCAUUGUUCCCUCAUCCUUACCAGUCUCCCAGUCCCUGCCGCUGAAAAGCAUCCCUAUAGCAUGAUGCUGCCACAACCAUGCUUCACGGUAGGGAUGGUGUUAGACGGGUGAUGAGCUGUGUCUUGCUUGCUCCAGACAUUGCUCUUUGCAUUCAGGCCAAAGAGUUACAUUUGUCUCAUCAGACCACAGAAUAUUUUGCUCUGAGUCUUUCACAUGCCUUUUUGCAAACUCCAGGCGUACUGUCAUGUGCCUUUUUCUCAGGAGUGGAUUCCGUCUGGCCACUCUCCCAUAAAGCCCAGAUUGGUGAAGUGCUGUAGAGACUGUUGUCCUUCUGGCAGGUUCUGUCAUAUCAGCUAAGGAACUCUGUCGUUCUCUCAGAUUGGUCAUUGGUUUCUUGGUCACCUCCUUGACCAAGGUCCUUUUUGCCAGGUUGCGCAGUUUGGUCAGACGGCCAGCUCUAGGCAGAGUGGGUAGUUCCAUAUUUUUUCAAUUUCCCAAUGAUGGAGACCACUGUGCUCUUGGAAACUUUCAACACUCUAGAAAUUGUUUUAUACCCUUCCCCAGAUAUAUGCCUCAUCACAAUUCUAACUCGGAGAUCUACGGACAGUUCCUUGUACUUCAUGGUAUAGUUUCUGUUCUGACAUGCACUGUCAACUGUGGGACCUUAUAUAGACAGGUGUGUUUCUUUCUAAAUCAUGUCCAAACAAUUGAAUUGUCCACAGGUGGACUCCAAUCAAGUUGCAGCGACAUCUCAAGGAUGAUCAAAGGAAAUUGGAUGCACCUGAGCUCAAUUUUGAGUGUCAUAGCAAAGGGGUGUGAAUGCUUAUGUAAAUGAGAUAAUUUUGUAUUUCAUUUUCAAUAAAUUUGCACAAAUUUCUAAAAACAUGUUUUCGCUUUGUCAUUAUGGGGUAUUCUGUGUAGAUGGGUGAGAAAAAAAAAAAAUUCAUCGAUUUUGAAUUCAGGCUGUAAAACAACAAGAUGUGGAAUAAGUCAAGGGGUAUGAAUACUUUCUGAAGGCACUUUAAAUGUAAAUACAAAAUGUAGUAGUAGUAAUGUUGUAUACUUACCUAUGAUCAGAUUCCAUGUUGUCUUCACUGUGUUUUUAACUGUGUCCUCAGGUUUUUCCAAGCCCAAGAGUAAAGAUGUGAUCCCAGUGGUAGUGAUCAGCCUGGUUCCUCCCUUCUUAGUGGCUAUCAUCGCUUCCAUGGCUUUCUACCUGUACCGCACCAAACAGCCCGGCAAGCAGCCCAAAGACUGGGCUCCCAAACACACACACUACCAGGUGGGUGGAACACUGAAAAAUAUAAUAGCUUCCAGUUGGUUAUGUCUGUGUUCCAACUGGCACCCUAUUCCCUACAACAUAGGUCCCUGGUCAAAAGUAGUGCAGUAUAUAGAGAAUAGGGUGCUAUUUGGGACACAGACAAAACCAACUAGAAGCAAUUCAUAAAAAGCUGUCAACUAAAAUUCCCCAUUGGAUGGGUUGCUAAAGGCGACUUGAUACAUAACUACAAAUAUAGAUAAUUCAUUCAUUCAUUCACCAGGCCUUGGACAUCCCAGAGGGCCUUAGUGGGGACGCCAUCACCGGCGGUGAGGACUGCCAUGGCAAGCUGUCAGCCAUCAAUGGCGACAUCACCUCUGACAUGUGUCCUGUCCGGGCCAAUAACUUCAACCACAACAUGGAGCAGCUGCCUAUCCAGCUGGAAGCCUUGGUGGGGAAGGGUCGCUUCGCUGAGGUGUGGCGGGCCAAGCUCCACCACCAGGCUGCUGGUUCUCUGUACGAGACAGUGGCAGUGAAGGUGAGGGUUUUUACCUCUCCCCUGUUUUGUUUCCCUUCUCCCCUUUUUUGACUGAGUCCUAAAUGGCACCAUAUUCCCUAUAUAACUCACUGCUUUUGACCAGGGCCCAUUGGGCUCUGGUCAAAAUUAGUACACUAUGUAGGAAAAAGGUUGUCAUUCGGUACACAGUCUUUGUUUUCCCUCUCUCCUUUAAUUUAUUAGUAUUUUUCUGUAAAGUGUUUUGAAUGAAUGAAUACCUUAUUGUCCCUUUAGGGGAAAUUUGUCUAGCAACAAAUCGUAGCCCUAGGCAUACACAUACACAAAAACACAGGACAUACAACACUUCACUUAUGUGCAACACAUAUCACAGGACAUACUUCAGACAGACAUACACUGUAGAUGAAUACUGUAAGUGUGGGGUUGGUUUAUAGUCCGUCUGUGUUUAGGAAUCUGAUGCUGGUUGGAGUGAAUGACUUGCGUGCCCGGUUUGUUCUGCAGAGUGGGGUUUUGAGUCUUCGGCCGGACUGUAACAUGUUAUAUUGGUCGUACAGAGGGUGUGUGAUGUCUUUAUUGAUGUGAUUUUCAUGUGAUAUAACACUUUGAAUACAUUUUUAUUUGAAGAUCUUCCCGUCUGUGGAGUACGUGUCCUGGAGUAAGGAGAGGACCAUCUUCUCUGACGCCAACCUGGAGCACGACAAUGUGGUUAAAUUCCUGACAGCAGAGGAGCGAGGGCCCUCCGGCUCCCCUCAGAGGCAGUACUGGCUGGUCAUGGCCUAUUACAGCCUUGGGAACCUGCAGGUAUGUUUGUCUUUGUUUUUUUUUUGGUUAUUGCUUGGUUGAUUGAGGCCUGGAUCCAAUCGAAGUGACGUUGUCGACAAGCGUAUUGCAUUUGAAUUCUAAAGGUAAUUAACGCUUAAGCCAACAUCCGCAGCGUUUACCGUGAAUGUGGUCUCUGUGAACGUUGGAGAAAUUGCCUUUAAAAGGCUAAAGGGCGACUAGACACGAAAAUUGAUUUAAUUUGUUCAUUCAUUCAACCAUCCAUCCAUUCAUUUCAGGACUUCCUGGCGGGCCACGUGUUGAGCUGGGCUGAGUUUUGUGCUAUGGCUGGGUCGGUGGCUCAAGGAUUGGCCCACCUUCACAGUGAUACCACCCCCUGUGGGAUCCCCAAGGUGCCCGUGGCCCACCGCGAUCUGAAGAGCAGCAACAUCGUGGUGAAGAGCAGAAGAGAGUGUGCCCUCUGUGACUUUGGUCUGGCUCUGAGGCUGGACCUCUCCCUCACCGUGGAUGACUUUGCCAACAGUGGCCAGGUAAGGUGGAACAGGUGUAAUACCCAACGUAGUCGCUAAGGGAACCUGGUAUCAGAGUUCCACUCUAGCUACAGCAACUAUGAAGUAGGCCUAUGCAUGCUGCCUUCUGACACAAUUACUGUAUCUGUGAAAAUGUCUUACAGAAAAUAACAACAUAUUAAAUUGUAGAGUCCUGGUUGAAUGCCACCUUAAAUAAAAAAUAUGCUAUAUGAAUGAAAUUGUAUUAUAAAGCAGUGCUAAAACCAGAAUGAACCAGCAGGCCCCUCAUAUAUUGUUUCUUUGUUUAAUGUACAGAUGUAGGAUCUUAAUUUGAGCCAGUUUGUUACAGCAGGAUAAUUAUUAUGUGGAUUAUAAUUAAUGAACCCUGUAUGGGUUGAUCAAUUUUUCAAAUGGGAAAAUCAAGUCUGAAAUUUCACAGUGGAAAUUACAAACUUCAAAAGCGUUUUUAAACCUCAAAUAAACUACAAGUUUAAAAAGGACAGUUCUCCUGCAACAGGGUGAUCAAAUGUAUAUCUACAGCUGUACUGUCACUGUCCCUUGUUGUCCAGGUGGGUACAGCUCGCUACAUGGCCCCUGAGGUGUUGGAGUCCAGGGUGAAUCUGGAGGAUCUGGAGGCCUUUAAACAGAUGGAUGUCUACUCCAUGUCCCUGGUCCUCUGGGAAAUGGUGUCCCGCUGCGAAGUCAUAGGCGGUACAUUAAGCUAUUCUACUACGGGCUGAUUCAGGGGUAACAUAGACUGUGAUGAAAGGGCACUGUAAAUGUAGAAUAGAUGAUGAAUAACAAAGGAUUUACAGUGUGUUUCCUGUAUUUUCAUAGAGGUGAAGAGUUAUGAGCAGCCCUUUGGCUCUAAGGUGUGUGACCAGCCGUGUGUGGACAGCAUGAGGGACCUUGUCCUGAGGGACAGGGGCAGACCUGAGAUACCCACCAGCUGGAAAACACAUCAGGUACACUGUGUUGUGUGUGUGUGUGUUUGAGUGCAUGGUGAGGGAACUGGGUAGUCAGCACUUCUCAGCCCAUUGAGGCCGGUAUUCAAUACGAGCGCUCUAGUCGACAAUGUGGCUGUUGAAGGAAAUGUUACCGCGUUCAUGGAGAUUGCAUUUAAGGUAAACGCUGCAGAUGUCAGCUCAAUUGGAAAUUACCUUUAAAUGUGAAGCGUGCUAUAGCGAGGUUUCCGAUUGAAUCCCGGCCUGCAUGAUAACCUAUGAUAACAAUUUACAAUCACAUCACCUAUAAUUCACAUUGGUUGUCAACAGGUUUGGGGUCAAUUAUAUUCCAAUUCAACCAAUACAGAAAGUAAACUGAUGGAAGUAUAUAUACAUACAGUACCAGUCAAAGGUUUGGACACAUCUACUCAUUCCAGGGUUUUGUAGAAUAAUAGUGAAGACAUCAAAACUAUGAAAUAACACAUAUGGAAUCAUGCAGUAACCAAAAAAGUGUUUAACAAAUCCAAAUAUAUUUUAUAUUUGAGAUUCUUCUCAUAGCCACCCUUUGCCUUGAUGACAGCUUUGCACACUCUUGGCAUUCUCUCAACCAGCUUCACCUGGAAUGCGGCCUCCGACCGCAAGGCACUACAGAGGGUAGUGCGUACGGCCCAGUACAUCACUGGGGCCAAGCUUCCUGCCAUCCAGGACCUCUAUACCAGGCGGUGUCAGAGGAAGGCCCUUAAAAUUGUCAGACUCUAGCCACCCUAGUCAUAGACUGUUCUCUCUGCUACCGCACGGCAAGCGGUACCGGAGUGCCAAGUCUAGGUCCAAAAGACUUCUCAACAGCUUCUACCCCCAAGCCAUAAGACUCCUGAACAGCUAAUCAUGGCUACCCAGACUAUUUGCACUGCUCCCCCCCACCCCCACCCCCACCCCAUCUAUUUACGCUGCUGCUACUCUGUUAAUUAUUUAUGCAUAGUCACUUUAACUCUACCCACAUGUAUAUAUUACCUCAACUACCUCAACUAGCCGGUGCCCCCGCACAUUGACUCUGCACCGGGUCCCCCUGUAUUUAGCCUCCCUACUGUUAUUUAAUUUGACUUCUGCUCUUUUUUUCUCAACACUUUUUUGUUGUUGUUUUAUUUUACUUUGUUAUUAAAAAAUAAAUGCAUUGUUGGUUAAGGGCUGUAAGUAAGCAUUUCACGGUAAUGUCUACACCUGUUGUAUUCGGCGCAUGUGGCCAAUAAAAUUUUACUUUAUUUGAUUUGAUUUUCCAACAGUCUUGAAGAAGUUCCCACAUAUGCUUAGCAUUUGUUGUCCGCUUUUCCUUCACUCUGCCGUUGACUCAUCCCAAACCAUCUCAAUUGGGUUGAGGUCGGGGGAUUGUGGAGGCCAGGUCAUCUCCAUCACUCUCCUUCUUCGUAAAAUAGCCCUUACAUAGCCUGGAGGUGUGUUCGGUCAUUGUCCUGUUAAAAAUCUAAUGAUAGUCCCACUAAGCCCAAACCAGAUGGGAUGGCGAAUCGCUGCAGAAUGCUGUGGUAGCCAUGCUGGUUAAGUGAGACUUGAAUUCUAAAUAAAUCACAGACAGUGUGACCAGCAAAGCACUCCCACACCAUAUCAUCUCCUCCUCCAUGCUUUAUGGUGGGAACUACACGAGGAGAGACAUGGCAGUUGUAACCAAAAAUCUCAAAUUUGGACUCCAGACCAAAGGACACAUUUCCACCAGUCUAAUGUCCAUUGCUUGUGUUUCUUGGCCCAAGCAGGUCUCUUCUUAUUAUUUUUGUCCUUUAGUAGUGGUUUCUUUGCAGCAAUUCGACCAUGAAGGCCUGAUUCACACAGUCCCCUCUGAACAGUUGAUGUUGAGAUGUGUCUGUUACUUGAACUUUGUGAAGCAUUUAUUUGGGCUGCAAUUUCUGAGGCUGGUAACUCUAAUGAACUUAUCCUCUGCAGCAGAGGUAACACUGGGUCUUCCAUUCCUGUGCCGGUCCUCAUGAGAGCCAGAUUCAUCAUAGCGCUUGAUGGUUUUUGCGACUGCAAACCCUUGAAUGAGUAGGUGUGUCCAAACUUUUGACUGGUACUGUAUAUAUAUACAGGUAACAAACUGAGAUUAGGAGCACUCCCUUUAAGAGUUUUUCUUGAUUUUUUUUGUUGUUAUUCUGUCUCUCACUGUUCAAAUAAACCUACCAUUAAAAUUAUAGACUGAUCAUUUCUUUGUCAGUGGGCAAACAUACAAAAUCAGCAGGGGAUCAAAUACUUUUUUCCCUCACUGUAUAUAUAUAUUUUAACUUUCUGUAUUGACUAAAUAUAGUCAAUGAAUCAAACCUUCCUGGUCCUACUCUUCCCUACUGUAGGGUAUGGAUCUGCUGUGCGCCACCAUCAAUGAGUGUUGGGACCACGACCCAGAGGCCAGGCUCACAGCCCACUGUGUGGUGGAGCGCAUUGGAAGUCUAGUAAAGGAGAUGGAGCAGAGGGGGUGAGACACCGUCAACAACAGCCUCCACUGACUGUGACGUGGACACUUUGGCCCCUGAAACAGACACAGAAGGACCCUCAUCCCUGGGCCGCCGACUGAGAUAGUACAAGGAUCACCAAAAAUAGACAUUUCUGUAUGAUAGAUUGAAGUCACUCUACCCUACGAACAAAAGAAAAGGGACUCAUUUUUGUAUGAUAUAUUGUUUCAUUUGAAGGAGCUGGUCUCCUGAUCGAGUUGUGUAAUAUAGCCUUUAUGAAGUGUCUUAUGAAUGCACUUUUGAACUUGUGACACUGACGAGAUUUUCUUUGUGCCCCUUGGAAAGUUUUGUGCACAGGAUUCAGGGAAGAGAGCAAACUAGCAUACCACUAAUUAUCAUCCCAACUUAACUAUUACACUGUAACAUCAUGUCAAUUUGACCAAUAACUAAAAAAGUGGAUCAGUUUCCAAAUCUGAAGUACAUAAAUCCUGUAGUGAAUGAUGACAUGGAUGCAUCACGAAUGGCACCCUGUUCCCUACUACUGUUGACCAGAGCCCUAUUGCUUUGCUAUAUACAUUGACUAGGGUGCCGUUUGGGAGGCAACAAUGGUUGUUAUUUGCUACAGUACAGAAAGCACUGUGUGUGGUGUACCAGCUAUUUAAAUUGGUCCUUGUUCCUAUUGGAGAUAAUUUACCUUACAAGAAUGAUUCCUUACCACUUUUAUUUUUCUUCUCAAAUGAACUGUUCCAUUGCCUUCUCACAGUGUGUAGCCUCAAAAGCCCCAUUUAUACCUGCCGCUUACAAGCGUUCUUCGUCCUGAUCUUGCCAGUUUACACUUCUAAGAUCUGAUCAAAAUCAGUUCA